AUGGGCCUUUCCGAAGACGAGAAGCGCGUCGGCGCCCCGCUCGAGACUCACGUCUCGGGCGUGGACGACUUUAGCAGCCCCAAGGACGAGACGGUGCGCGUCGACAUCCAGCGGGAGCACGAGUUGACGGUCAAGGAAGUGUUUGUGAAGCACCCGGCGCUGGUGUUUUGGGCCUUUUACUGGGCCAUGGCGGGCGUUGGCUGGGGCUUCGACGCCCAGGUCAACGGCGGCAUGCUCUCCGUCCAAUCCUUCCGCCGCGACUUUGGCUACAUCUACCAGGGCAAGGCCGUGCUGCCCGCCGACUGGCUGUCCGCCUUCAACACCGUCUCGUCCGUCGGCCAGUUCUUCGGCGGCUUCGCCUGCUCGUGGGUCGCCGACCGCUGGGGCCGCAAGGCCGCGCUGCUCAUGGGCGUCGCCGUCGUCGCGGGCGGCAUCCUGGGCGAGAUGUUCUCCAGCGUCAAGGGCGCCUUCCUCGUGUCCAAGCUGAUCCUGGGCUUUGGCCUGGGCUUCUACCUGACGCUGUCGCCGCUGGCCGCGUCCGAGUGCGCGCCCGUGGCCUUCCGCGGCAUCGCGACGGCGGGCGUGCAGUUUGGCAUCGGCACGGGCCAGCUGCUGUCGAACGUGGCCAUCAAGGGCUUUGGCGGCUGGGAGAGCCGGUGGGCGUACCGCGCGCCGUUUGCCAUCCAGCUCUUCUUCUGCGCGUUCCUGCUGGUGCUGCUGCCGUUUGCGCCCGAGACGCCCUGGCACCUCGCCCGCGUCGGCAAGCGCGAGCAGGCCAAGAAGGCGCUGCGCAAGCUGUACGGCGCCAGCGUCGACAUCAACGCCAAGCUGGCCACGCUCGAGGCCACCAUUGCCGAGGAGGAGGCGUCGGGCUCGGAGCAGGGCAGCUUCGUGCAGUGCUUCAAGAGCACCAACCUGGUGCGCACCGCCAUCUCCAUGGGCGUCUUUGUGUGCCAGCACUUCACCGGCAUCAUCUUCGUCCUGGGCUUCUCCACCUACUUCUUCGAGCUGGCCGGCCUGCCCACCGAGAAGAGCUUUGAUUUGGGCAUCGGCGUCACGGCCUGCGGGCUGGGCGGCAACAUCCUCAGCUGGAUCAUCAUGAACUCGUUUGGCCGCCGCCGCAUCUUUGUGAGCUGCAUGUGCAUCCUGACGGCCAUCCUCUUCCUCAUCGGCAUCAUGGACGUCGUGCCCACCGCCGGCGCAAAGUGGGUGCAGGCGUCGCUGACCGUCGUCUACGCCUUCUUUUAUUACGUCGGCCUCGGCGCCAUGGCCUUUGCCAUCCUGGGCGAGACGAGCAGCACCUCGCUGCGCGCGCCCACCAUUGCCCUCGCCACCGCCACCCAGGCCGUCAUGGGCAUCGCCUUCAACUUUGCCAUCCCCUACAUGGUGAACCCGGACGAGGCCAACCUCAAGGGCAAGGUCGGCUUCAUCUUUGGCGGCCUGGCCCUCAUUGCCACCGCCUGGAGCUGGUUCUUUGUGCCCGAGCUCAAGGGCCGCACCUUUGACGAGAUUGACCGCAUGUUCCAGGCAAAGGUGCCUCCGCGGAAGAUGGGCUCGUACCAGCUCACUCCCUACUAA